GAAGAAGAGGGGGAAAGAGGGGGGGGAGACGACUACCCCACACCUGAUUUCAUUGAAUGAGGUUCAACACCAAGUAGCAUUUGUUUGGGUUCAAUAUUUCUACAGGCAGAGAUACGCUCAUAUUCAGUUAGAAGAAGUUGGAUAUAUAUUCAUACAAAUCUACAAGUCAAGGACUGUGUGUAUUUACAGGUGACGAGCUGGCGCAGGUUGUGGGUUGUCCUUGGAUAAUGCGAGACAGUGGCGGUAGCCUAGCCCAGAAUCGCUGGCAGAGAGACCUGGGUCUGACCACUGUGGGGCAGGACGCUGCAGGAGGAGGUGGGAUUCCUGGAGACCACCUCAUAGUCCCAGUGUCAGACCACAGUGUAUCUAGCCCCAUGCACCUUAGAUUGGACCAGAAAGAAAAAGUGUGGACAGGUGAAUAUGUAGAUGAAGAGGAAGAUGUAAUAGGUGGGAUUGAGGCAGUGGGUGAUGAGGAAGAAGUAAACAAUCUUGAUGGUGAGGAGAUGGGCAAGUUUGAGGGGAAGAGUUUGGAAAACAAUGAGGAGGAAGAAGUUGAAGAGGACCGAGACCAGGAGGAGGUGGAGUGGGAGAUGACAGAUUUUUCUUCCCAGUCCUCCCAACACCUUCAUUUGCAACAGCACCAUCAUCAUGGACCAGAACACAAGGAAGAAAAAUUUGGUGAAGCCACUGUAGAUCAUGCAAUCAUCCAGGCUGAAGCAGGAGACUUGUUCAGGUCCCACCUAAGCAGGUACAGGGCUCUGAGAAGACUUGGGCGUUUGCAGCGUUUGCGAUCCCACGGAGGUCUUGGGUUUCGACUCGCCCAGCACUGGAAGAGCUGGCGCCAGCGGGCCCGGUGGAUGUGCUCCGUAAGACACAGAUGGAGCCACAAAGGGCAAAGACACAUUCUGUAUGGAAAGCAGAGAAGACUAAAACGGUAUCACCAAUCACCAUACAGCAAUGAGGAGUAUGAUGGCAGUGAUGACAGGCUGACAGAGUCUGACGGAGACAAGCAGAUAAAUGGCUGUUCUUCAGAAAAGCAGGAAGACAGAGCAACACUGGAGGCAGAGGCCCGGCCUGCAGAGCUGGCCCUUACCGAAGAACACACACGCUGUGUGAAUGGUAUUCUUGAAGAGUCGCUAAGACAGUAUGGCAGUUUGAUCCCGAUCCAUGUGGAUGACAUUGUGGAGAAACUUCAGGACAUCUUCAGUGAGAACUUCACACAGCCACACAGAAAAGCAGUGGUCCAACAUCUAAUACAGUCCUUCCAGCGUUCAUCAGGAUCUGUUGUAGCUAAAACAUUCAGAGUCAACUACAAACGGCAUGUUCUGACUAUGGACGACCUGGGCACUCUGUAUGGACAGAACUGGCUCAAUGACCAGGUGAUGAACAUGUACGGUGACCUAGUCAUGGACUCUGUGCCAAAGAAGGUCCACUUUUUCAACAGCUUCUUUUAUGAUAAGCUAAGGACAAAAGGCUAUGAAGGAGUCAAACGGUGGACAAAAAAUGUUGACAUCUUUCAGAAAGAUCUAUUGUUGAUCCCCAUCCACCUUGAGGUCCAUUGGUCACUGGUCAGUGUUGACAUUCCUCGCCGAGCCAUCACUUAUUUUGACUCCCAGCGGACACUCAACAGGCGCUGCCCAAAGCACAUUUUCAAAUAUCUGCAAGCUGAAGCCAUCAAAAAAGACCAGCAAGACUUUUUGACAGGAUGGAAAGGCUUUUUCAAAAUGAAUGUGGGUCGCCAGAACAAUGACAGUGACUGUGGGGCUUUUGUGUUACAGUACUGCAAGUGUCUGGCGCUGGGGCAGCCAUUCAACUUUGGCCAGCAGGAUAUGCCCCGCCUCAGAAGGCAAAUGUACAAAGAACUGUGUCACUGCAAGCUUAUGGUGUGACCCUCCAUUUCCACUCCUUCUGGCCAUCUACACCGGCUCCCUCCUUUAACCCCAUCAAGAUGGAGGGAUAAAACAAGAGGACAAUGGGAGCAAAUGACUGGGGGGGAAAAACUUUAUAAAAACCUUCAUUUUUUUUCCUCUUCCACCAUGCAGAGAAAUUCUUCUGUAUGCAAUGUCAUUGUUUCACUUUAUUUGGUCUGGUUUUGCUUCCCUCAGUUUGUCUGAAAACACUGAUUUCAUUUUCAUGUCAUAGUUAUUUGUGGUUGUGAGAGGCCAAGACUAGCUAUCUUAUUUUGGGAAUGUGCUAGUUAUCCAUGUAAAGAUAGUCCACUAAUUUUCCAGUCUGAGGGGGAGCAUUAAGGUACAGAAAGCAUGUGUUCAGGCCAUAUGAAGGGAUGGGCCACAGUUAAGUCCAACCUGAUGACUUUCAUGUAAUGUGUGAACAGUGAAUGACAAAAUGCCUAACCAGUUUUUUAAGCUCGUGGUUAGAUGGUUCUGUUGACUUUUCCAUCUAUCCAGUCUUUACUUCACAUCUUUGCAAAAUGAAAAGUACCCCAUGCUACAGCCAGCAAUGUGGAUGAUACCUAGUCGGCACAAAAUGUUUGCCAGUGUAGUACAGUGUGAAACUUCCAACAUAUGAUAUACUGUCAAAGUUUCCUACAGUAUGUUCUGCUGGAUUUAAUCUAAAGAUGGAACUAGAACUUGAAAUGCAUGGUUAUGCUUGCAGGUAAAACUUUUUCUGGUGAAUUUUUGAAGAGAGAAUUUUGAACUUGCAUCCAUGGAUCCCACCUCAUAUUGGCCCACACAAUAAAAAAAAAACAAAAACCUUUCCCCACGGCAGUCGCUUUC